AUGAAAGAUGGUUAUGGAAAAUAAAAAUGGGCAAAUGGUUCAUAAUAUGAAGGUUAUUGGCAACAAAAUAAAUCAUAUGGAAGGGGUAAAUUAACCCAUUCUUCAGGUGAUAUAUACGAUGGAGAAUGGUCUAACGAUAAAGCUAAUGGCUUUGGUAUAUAUUAUCACGUAAAUGGAGCCAAAUACGAAGGUUAAUGGAAAGAUGAUAAAUAACAUGGAAACGGAGUUGAAAUUUGGCCUGAUCAUGCAAAACAUGAAGGAUUAUACGUCAAUGGUCAAAAAGAAGGGAAAGGAUAUUUAAAAUUUUCUGAUAAAUCUGAAUAUGAAGGAGAAUUUAAAAAUAAUGUGAUUGAGGGAAACGGUAUUUAUAGAUCGCCUGACGGAAGAGUUUAUGAAGGAGAUUGGAUUUAGAAUAAAAUGCAUGGAAAAGGCAAUAUUAAAUGGCCUGAUGGGAAAUAUUAUGAAGGUGAAUAUUUUGAAGACAAAAAGCAUGGAUUAGGUGUUUUUGUUUAGGCUGAUGGGAAGAAAUAUAUUGAAUAAUAGAAAAUGGGAAAAUAGCAUGGGUUCAGAAUGUAAAUUUCUAAAGGUUAGUAAGAUAAAAUUGGUGUUUGGGAAGAAGGAAAAAUAACUAAUUGUACAUCAGCAUUUGUUUUUUAAGACGAUAUAUUAUUAGAAACGUUGACAGUUAGAGAAACAAUCGAAUUUGCAGCAAAACUAAAGCUUAUAUAAUAAAAUAUAGAUAUUUAACAAAAAGUAAAUUAAAUAGUUCAAAAACUAAAACUAGAAAAUUGCUAAAAUAGUUUUGUUGGUGGAGUUUAUGUUAAAGGAAUAAGUAUUGGAGAAAGAAAAAGAACUAAUAUAGGAAUUGAAUUAAUUAAUAAUCCUGAAUUAAUAAUAUUAGAUGAACCCACAACUGGUCUUGAUAAUUUUUCAUCACUAUAAUUAAUAAACAUAUUAUAAUAAUUAUCUACAUAAGAUGGAAAAACUAUAAUCUUUACUAUAAAUUAACCUAACAGUGAAAUUUUUUAAUAACUUGAUAGGUUACUUUUAUUAUAAGAUGGUUAAACAGUUUAUUAAGGAAAAGCUGAUUAAAUAGUUUAAUAUUUAUAAAAUAACGAUUAUGAAUUUCCAUAAUUUUGCAAUCCUGCUGAUUUUUUCAUGUUUAUUCUUAAUUCAAAAGACAUUUCUUAUCAAUUAUUUUCAAAAAGUGCAUAUGAUUAAAAUAUACAAAAUAAUAUAUUAUAAGAAAUAGAAAACUUUUGUAUUGACAAACAAGAAAAAAUAAUACAAAUAAUAAAAACAAAUCCUUUUAUUUACGAAACUAAAGUAAUUGCACAUAGGGCUUUUCUUAAUUUUAAAAGAUAACCAUUGCUCUUAAAAUCUAAAAUAAUUUAAUUAAUUAUUUUAUGUUUUCUUGUUUCUAGUCUAUGGUGGUUUAUUGGACAAGACUAACCUUCAAUUGAUAGUAAAGAUUAAAAUUAAAUAGUUAAAUGGGUCUCAAAUAUUACUGGUUUAAUGUUUUUUAUUUCUAUAGCUAUAUUUUUAAAUAUUAUGAUAACUUAUGUUUAAUUGUUUCCUAAGGAACGAAACUUAUUUUUAAAAGAAGAAAACUCAAACACAUAUAGAGUUUAUUCUUAUUUUUAUGGAAAGCUUAUUGUCGAAAUUCCUUAUGUUAUUUUAUAUCCUAUAUUAUUUAAUUCAAUAAUUUAUUGGCUAACUUCAUAGAGAACUGAAGGAUUUGGAAUAUCAUGUUUAAUUUUAGUUGUGCUUUCUUUAGCCGGAAAUGGGUUAGGUUUAAUGAUUGGAAGUAUUUUUACAAAUAAUACUGUUGUAACAGCUAUAUCACCAAUGCUAUUAUAUUCAUUUGCAUUAUUUGCAGGGUUUUAUAUUAAUUUAAGUAAGAUGCCAUCUUGGAUUAGUUGGAUAUAAUAUAUUUCACCAUUUAGAUAUUCAUUAAAUGCAUUAAUGAUAAACUAGUUAAAUGGAUUAGUAUUUGUAGAAAUUAAUUAUGAUCCUAUUAAAACUUUUGAUUUCGAUUUUUCAAUUUGGGAAGCAUUAGGUAUUUUAAUAGGCUUAGCAUUAUUUAUGAAUAUUAUAUCACUUUUAUUUUUAAAGCUAAGUACAUAAAAACUAAAUUGA